AUGGCCGCACCAGGAGUCAACAGAUGGCUUGUUAUCGGCGCUGUUAGCUUAGUGCUACAAAGAGACCGAUCCUCACGUCCUCCGUUCAUCAUGAUUACUCCUGCGUUUGAGCUGAGCCAGGAUCCAGAAUACCUCUCUCUCUGCAUCCGUGUUCCCUACACCAGGACGUCAGAGUUUGACCUCUACAUGGGGGGAAAUGAUUUCAAAUUUUUUGCUAAACCCUAUUUUCUGAGGCUGACUCUUCCAGGUAGAAUUGUGGAGGAUGGACGAGAAAAGGCCACAUUUGACAUUGACAAGGGACUCUUCACGCUAAAGGUCGCGAAGGAAACGCCAGGAGAACAUUUCGAAGGUCUUGAUUUGCUGACAAGCUUGCUCACCCCAAAAGGAUCCCAAUCAGUGAAGCCGCUGAUAGAGGAAGUCGAUGUUUCUUCCAGUGUAGGUGAAGACGAGGAAGAGGAGGAGGAAGAGGAGUUUGACUGGCAAAUUGAGCAGCAGGUUUACCAGGAGACGCCAGUAGAACAACUGGCACGAAUGCACAGAUAUGGUUUUGGCAAUCAGAGAACUGGGGUGUUCUCCAGACUACAGGAAGAACUUGCUGAUGUGAUUGAUAUUAAAAACCCAGAAGACACAACGGCCUCAGAGAGGAGGGUGGCUCGACUGGAGGCAGAGACUUCGGCUUUCUCCUCAGAUCAUUACUUAGCUGAUUUAUUUGAGGAUGAAGAAGUAAAGAGGCUGUUAAACUACAAACCAUGGUGGACAAAGCCUGGGUGCUCCUCCGACCACGGAGCGGCUGGUGUGUCCUUUACAGAUGAGGAGAAGGAGCAGAUGAGGAGAUUCACCAACCGCUCCCACCUGCUCGACAAAGCGACUCGUGGCCAAGUGUGGCUGAGCCUGGUGGACAUCCUGCUGGCUUACUGCUAUGAAGUGCGCUCCACUGAAGGAGAGCACAGUGUGGAGUCACCUUGGACUGUCCGAAAACUCAGUGGGACUCUGAGCUGGUUUGAGGUGUACAACUCUCUGCAUGAAGCCGUGGUGUCAUUUGGCCGAAGAGUUUUGUGCUUCCCACUGUACAGACAUUUUGACAUGGUUUCUGCUGCCAUUCGUGACACAACCAAGAUUCUUCAGUCGGGGAAAGGCUGUGUCCUCAAAUGCCUGCUCGAUAUCCACAAAGCCUUCCGAGAGAACGAGCCAGCCUACAUACUGAACGAUCUGUACAUCACAGACUACUGCAUUUGGAUCCAGAGGGUCAAGUCCAAAAAGCUGACCGCCCUCGCUGAGGCGUUACAGACGACCCUCCUGAAGAAAAACGACUUGGAGCUUGAGCUUGAGCCGCUGGAGAAAGCUGCGUUCCUGGUGCAAGAGGAAGAAAAUGCAGCUCCGGUAACCCUGAGCAACAGCAGCAGCAGCAGCAACAGCAGCAGCAACAGCAGCAGCAGCAGCGAGUCGUCUGACAGCGAGGAGUCUGAGAGAGAGGGACUAGACUGUGCAGACAUACAAAAGGGAGGGAGAGGAGGGGUGGGGGUGGAGGUGGGGGAAGGAGGAGGUCUACGUCAGCACGGCCCCCCUCUCUCCAACUCUCGCAGCUGCACCGUCCCCGGGGAGAGCUUCAACACUCCUCCGACAGCCAACGAGGAAACCAGUGCCCAGCCAACACUCGCAGACAGCUCCCGGCCACUGAUUCAGGAGCUGGAGGAGCUGACGAUCACAGAGGAGACCGGGAACGGAAACGGCCGCCGCAAACACCACGCUGGCUCAAACGGUGCCGCUUCGGAGCAAACUAGAAAUGCCGGGAAUUUCCUCGAAGUGACUUCACGCAGGAAUCCUUUGCACAUUGUCCAGGAGAACUGUGAAGAGGAGUGCGAGAUCGGAGAGAGUGCGAGACCUGAGGGAGUGCUGAGACCUGAGGGAGUGCUGAGACCUGAGGGAGUGCUGAGACCUGAGGGAGUGCUGAGACCUGAGGGAGUGCUGAGACCUGAGGGAGUGCUGAGACCUGAGGGAGUGCUGAGACCUGAGGGAGUGCUGAGACCUGAGGGAGUGCUGAGACCUGAGGGAGUGCUGAGACCUGAGGGAGUGCUGAGACCUGAGGGAGUGCUGAGACCUGAGGGAGUGCUGAGACCUGAGGGAGUGCUGAGACCUGAGGGAGUGCUGAGACCUGAGGGAGUGCUGAGACCUGAGGGAGUGCUGAGACCUGAGGGAGUGCUGAGACCUGAGCGAGAGCUGAGACCUGAGCGAGAGCUGAGACCUGAGCGAGAGCUGAGACCGGAGAGAGAGCUGAGACCGGAGAGAGAGCUGAGACCGAGCUCAGACCGGAGAGAGAGCUGA